AUGCGGCUGCAACAGCUGCCUGCGUCAUUGGUGUUAGCAUUGCUAACAUCAAUGUCCCAGGCUUUCUACCUCCCUGGCAUAACUCCGACUACCUACAAACCUAACGACCUCGUUCCGCUCACCGUCAAUCACCUCACGCCCUCACAGUCGCAACGCGACACACAAGUGAGAUCCGCUUUCUCUUUCGACUACUACCACAGCAACUUCCAUUUCUGCAAACCUGAGGGAGACAUUCAGCAUGCCUCCGAAUCGCUCGGAAGCAUCCUCUUUGGAGACAGGAUACAGAGCUCGCCGUUUCAGCUUCAGAUGGCCAAGAAUGAGACGUGCAAGGCCGUAUGCAACGAGGUCGAGUUUGAACCUAGAGAUGCCAAAUUUGUCAACAGGAGGAUAUGGCAGAACUACAUUGUCAACUGGCUAGUCGAUGGCUUGCCCGCAGCACAGGCGUAUCUGGAUCCUACGAGUGGUACAGAGUAUUACCAGCCCGGUUUCUUGCUCGGAAAGGUCGAGAAUGAGCUGCCUCAGCUGCACAACCAUUACGAUAUCUACGUCGAUUACCACGAAGUUCGCAAGAGCCAGUACCGCGUGGUGGGCAUCUUGGUCGAGCCAAGAUCGCGCGCGAACUCAAAGAGAACUGGAAUAGGCAAAGACAUGACAGCAGAGUGUGGAGACGAUGGACCAGUGCUGACACUGUCGGAGAAAGAUCGAACAAAGGUUACAUGGACAUACAGCGUCUACUGGAGGCCGUCGGCAACUUCAUUCGCAACCAGAUGGGACAAAUACUUGCACGUCUUCGAUCCGAAGAUUCAUUGGUUCUCCUUGAUCAACAGCGCCGUGAUCGUCAUGUUCCUCAUUGGCAUGGUCAGCACUGUCUUGAUGAGGACUCUUAGGAAGGACAUCGCACGAUACAACCGCUUGGAUCAAAUCAACAUGGAUGAUUUGAACGGCAACAGUGUCGAAGAUGGCAUCCAGGAGGACAGUGGCUGGAAGCUGGUACAUGGAGAUGUUUUCCGACCACCAAAGCACUCCCUGGCUUUGGCUGUGCUCGUGGGCAACGGUGCGCAGCUAUUCAUCAUGGCUGGUUUCACCAUCGCGUUUGCAGUGGUUGGAUUCCUAUCACCAAGCAAUCGCGGUAGUCUCGCGACAGUGAUGAUUCUGCUCUACACUGUUUUUGGCUGCGUAGGUGGAUACGCCAGCUCACGCGUCUACAAGUCGUUCGGUGGCACAAAGUGGAAGCAGCUGUUCGUGUUCACACCAUCUGCUGUGCCAGCAAUCGUGUUCGCAACAUUCUUCCUGCUGAACUUGUUCGUUUGGGCAAGGCAGUCCUCCGGCGCAGUACCUUUCACAACAAUGCUGGUCAUCCUGGGUAUCUGGUUCAUCAUUUCGGUUCCAUCGUCGGUAGCAGGAUCAUGGUUCGGUUUCAGUCAGCCUAUGGCAGAUCCGCCUGUAAGGACAAACCAGAUCCCACGCCAGAUUCCUCCAUCACAAGGCUACCUCCGACUGGUGCCCAGCAUGCUCCUGGUUGGCGUGCUGCCUUUCGGCGCAAUCUUCGUUGAGUUAUACUUCAUCAUGAACUCGCUCUGGAGCAACAGGAUCUACUACAUGUUUGGUUUCCUCUUCCUCAGCUUCGGUCUGUUGGUGGUCACCUCCGCCGCUGUUACGAUCCUGAUGAUAUACUUCCUUCUCUGCGCGGAGAACUACCACUGGCAGUGGAGAGCGUUCGCUAGCAGCGGAGCAAGUGCUGGCUACGUCUUCGCAUACAGCUUACUUUAUUGGGCACGUAUGUUGAGCUUCAGCAGCCUUACUGGAGGACUGCUUUACAUGGGCUACUCAAUAUUGCUGAGCUUCCUGUGGUUCUUACUAAGCGGUUCGAUCGGUUUCUUCGCUUGUUGGAUCUUUGUGAACAGGAUCUACGCCUCCAUCAAGAUCGAUUAG